CGCUAAGCUGCUAGGGAUGCGUGCUGGGCUUGGGCAAAGGGGCAGAAGCCCGAGGAGCAGGAGCUGGGAAGGCACAGUGCGGCGCUCGAGCACCAACCGGACGCCCUCCUCCCUCGGCAGGGCUGACGAUGCAGCCGCCGGCGGCGAGGCAGGGACGCAGGGGCCCGCGGGCGCCCGCCGGAAAGGGCGCACCGGGUGCGGGGGAGCGCGCCAGGAGGGCGCCCGCGGGGCAGCCCCCGAAGCCGAGCUGGGCCCUCACAACGGAGAGGCUGGCAGCCAUGAGCCCCGCGCAACGCCCCCGCCGCCUGCUCUUUGGCGACCUGCUUGAGGACGCGGGCGCAGCCGCCCCCAUCUUCCCACGCGAGUCAGUGGAGCUGGAGUUUCGCGUGCCCGACCCGCGCGUGUGGACGCAGUCACCGGAGCUGCCCGCGGAGCGCCGGGACGGACUUCUUGGUGUCCUCAAGGCCGCCGAGGCGCGCGGGCGAGUCCGCGCCUUGCGGCUGCGCUACGGCCGCCUGCGGGCGGAGGAAAUCUCGCUCCUCAUCCAGCGGCAGAAGUCCGCGCGCGCUGCCAUCCGCCUGGAGCUGUUCUUGCCGCCGCAGCUGAAACCCACGCGGAUCCCGGACCCCCUGGACCGCCAAGAGGUGACUACAAGCCCAGGAAGGGGCGGAGAGGGGGCCCCGCCUGCCUCCCGCACACCUGGCUCCAGCCCUUCUCCCCGGCAGCGGAGGCGCGUGGAGACCAUCCUGGAGGAGAAAGUCGACGGCGGCAUUUUCCCACGUUGA